AUGUACACGAAGCGCUACCUCGGCCUCCUGGCCCUGGCCCUCUCGCUCCCCAUGGCCGCGCUCGCCGCCCCGCACCAGCAGCCCUUUGUCCCCGGCGCAGCAGCUUCCAGCUACUCGCCUACGGUCGCGUUCGCCCCCCUCAUGGCCAACCCGGACCUCGAGUCGGUCCCCGGCGGCUACAUGGUCGUCUUCAAGAAGGGCGUCGCCGCCACCGACUUCUUUGCCCACCGCCAGCUCGUCUCGGCCGCACAGCUCUCGGCCAACAGCUUCCACGGUGCCGACGCAUCGGGCAUCAAGCACGUCUAUGACCUCGACGGCCACCUCCAGGGCUACGCCGGCAAGUUUACCGACGACGUCCUCAACUACAUCCGCGCCCAGCCCGAGGUCGAGUACGUCGAGGUCGACUCGAUUGUCUCGACCGAGGUCAUGCCUCAGGGCGACGAGCGCGUCUGGGACGUCGAGUACACGGCCUCCAAGCUCGAGGAGCUCGCAGCCGCUUCGACCGGAAAGGUCCACGCCCACGAGGUCGAGAAGGGCGCCCCCUGGGGCCUGGCGCGCAUCUCGCACCGCAAGCGCCUCGGCCUCGGCACCUUCAACCAGUACCUCUACAACGGCGACGGCGGCGACGGCGUCACUGCCUACAUUAUCGACACGGGCAUCAACAUCAAGCACGUCGAGUUCGAGGGCCGCGCCCGCUGGGGCAAGACGAUGCCCGACAACGACGUCGACGAGGACGGCAACGGCCACGGUACCCACUGCGCCGGAACCAUUGGCUCGCGCAAGUACGGUGUGGCCAAGAAGGCCGAGCUCGUCGCCGUCAAGGUGCUCGGCUCCGGCGGCUCCGGUUCCAUGUCGGACGUGACCGGCGGCGUCCUCUGGGCCGUCGAGGACGCCAAGCGCAUCACCGAGUCGCUCCGCGCCAACCCGACGUCGGCGGCGGCCAAGAAGCACAAGGGCUUUGUCGCCAACAUGUCGCUCGGAGGUGGCAAGUCGCCGACCCUCGACCGCGCCGUCAACGGCGCCGUCGACAGCGGCAUGCACUUUGGCGUCGCCGCCGGCAACGAGAACCAGGACGCGUGCAACGUCUCGCCCGCCGGCGCCACCAACCCCGUGACCGUCGGUGCCUCGACGGUGCAGGACGAGCGGGCCUACUUUAGCAACAAGGGCAAGUGCGUCGACAUCUUUGCCCCGGGCCUCAACAUUCUUUCGACGUGGAACACGGGCAACACGUCGGUCAACACCAUCUCGGGCACCUCGAUGGCCAGCCCGCACAUUGUCGGCCUGCUCGCCUACCUCCUCUCGAUCUACGGCACCGACGAGUUCAACCUGGUCCAGGCCCACGCCGCCGAGCAGCUCUCGGUCUCGGACCUGGGCGACUCGCUCGCCUCGAGGCUCUCGAGCGUCCUGCCCAUCCCCGCCAUGGCUCUUGACCUGGUCAGCAGCUUCACCGGCCUCUUUGGCACCGCUGCCGAGGCCGCCAAGCCCGCCAUCGGCGGCGUCCUCAGCCCCACGCAGCUCAAGAAGGCGCUCGUCUCGCUCUCGACCAGCGGCGCCCUGACUGGUCUCGACGCAGACACCAUCAACAAGCUCGCCUUCAACAACGCCACCAGCACGCGCUAG